GGGGAGUGCAAAGCACUGAAUGAAAUGGUAGAGGAAGAACGAUAUGAAAAGAGCCUAAAUGAAUAUGGAAACCUUAAAAUUGACAAGAAAAUUCACUCUGGAAAGAAGCAUUACACUUGCCAACAGUGUGGAAACAGUUUCACUCAAAAAGGCAUACUUAGCAGACACAAGAGGAUUCACUCUGGAGAGAAGCCUUACACCUGCCAACAGUGUGGCAGAAGUUUCAAUAGGAAAGAAAAUCUUCAUUUGCACAUGAGAGUUCACACUGGGGAGAACCCUUUCACCUGCCAACAGUGUGGGGUAGGUUAUACCCAAAAAGGAAACCUUAACAGGCACAUGAGGAUGCACACUGGAGUCAAGCCUUACACCUGCCAACAGUGUGGAAAGAGUUUCAGUCAAGAUGGAAACCUUAAAGUGCACAUGAGAACUCACACUAGAGAGAACCCUUUCACCUGCCAACAGUGUGGAAUAAGCUUUACUCAAAAAGUAGGCCUUAAAAGACACAUGAGAAUUCACACUGGAGAGAAACCUUACACCUGCCAACAGUGUGGAAAGAGUUUCAGUGAGCAUGGAAGCCUUAAAGUCCACAUGAGGAUUCACACUGGAGAGAGUCCAUUUACCUGCCAACAGUGUGGAAAAGGCUUCAUUCAAAAAGUAAGCCUUAACAGACACAUGAAAAUUCACAUCGGAGAGAAGCCAUAUGUGUGCCAUCAGUGUGGAGAAAGUUUCGACCAAAAAGGAGACCUUAGUUACCACAUGAAGAUUCACACUGGGGAGGCGCCUUUCACCUGCCAACAGUGUGGAAAAACUUUUACUCUAAAAGGAAACCUUAACAGGCACAUGAGAAAUUUACACUGCAUAGAAGCCACACAAUCUUAAUCAACACACGAGGACUCAAAAGAGAACUGGUUUGUAUGUUAUCAGUUUACAUGAGCAUUCACCGAGGAGAAGGACAAUUUCAUUUUGCUUAAUGUAAUAAAAAUGGUUUUGCCAUCACA